GGAAGGGGCUAUAAUCACUUGCAACUAAUCCUUUCCAAAAGGAGAACAAUUAGAGUAUAUCAAAAUCAUGAAGAACCAACUGAUAGGAUUUCUUUUUUGCUUCUGGAUUGCUCUUUCACAGCCUUUUUAUUUUCACUCUGGGGAAAGAGAGGAGAAAUGUAUAAUAGAAGACAUUCCAAGUGAAACCUUGGUAAUUGGGAGUUACAUUGUACAACGAUGGGAUAUACAUGAACAAACGUUUCUUGAAUCUGCUCCUGGCUUGGGAAUGUAUGUGACCAUCACAACUCCUACUGAGGAGGUAUUGCUGUCAAAACUGUAUGGACCACAAGGAAAAUUCUCCUUUACAUCCCAUGUAUCUGGAGAGCAUAGUAUUUGUUUGCAGUCUAACUCCACAAGGCUUAUUUCCUUUGGUGGAAGUAAACUGCGUAUUCAUUUGGACAUUAGAGUUGGAGAGCAUCUUAUUGAUGAAGUCAUUGCUCAAGCCAAGGACAAAGUUAAGGAAGCUAACUUUAGAGUUGAACAUCUAAUUGAGCAAAUUCAUCACAUAUCCAAAGAACAAAACUAUCAGAGGCAACGUGAAGAAUACUUUCGACUGAUAAGUGAACAAACCAACAGCAAUAUUCUGUGGUGGGCUUUUGUACAGACAUUAAUCCUUAUCUUGGUUGGCAUUUGGCAAAUCAAAUGUCUUAAAGAUUUUUUUAUAGCUAAAAAGCUUGUUUAAAAAAAAUAAAAAUAAACAGUCCUACAUCUACAUUACACAAUGCACAGUGGAAAAUAGCUACAUUAAUUAAACACUAAAUAAAAAAAACCAUGCAGAUAUCUGAUAUUUUUAUACCUUCAUUUUUACCAUAUUUCACGGUGUGUAAGUCAGGUUUUGAAGGCCAAUUUUUGUGUAUGAAAAAUCAAACUCGACUUAUACACCAUUCUGACACUGCUUGCAGCAGAUGGGGCCACGCCAUCCAAGCACUGAGCCUGGCCCCAUCCCCUGUGAACAUCGA